CUUGGAUGCACAUAAAAAGAACAGUUUUAGCUGUUAAGGUUUAUUUUGUGGAAUAACACAUCCGAAAGCCUUGAAUGGACUCCCUCAUAAUGAAUAUGACUGCUGCAGAAAAUGUGCUCCUCUGCUUCCCUCACCUGCCUGACUCCUGCCCCAGAGCACACCGAUUCCUUGCGUUCAAAGUGAUCAUGUACUUUUUAAUGAUGGCUAGUAUUCUAAUGACGGUCUUUGGGAACUUGUUGGUCAUCAUCACAAUUUCUUAUUUUAAACAGCUUCAGUCUCCAACCAACCUCAUCAUCCUCUCCCUGGCUUUGGUUGACUGUUUGUUGGGCUGUAUGGUUAUGCCCUUCAGUUUGGUGCGAUGGUUGGAACGCUGCUGGUUUUUGGGAGAGAUUUUCUGUCAAAUACAUUCUGGAUUAGACAUGACCCUCAGUAUUGUCUCUAUACUGCACUUGUGUUUGGUAUCUGUUGACAGAUACAUGGCCAUUUGUAAACCACUGAGUUACAGAAUGAAAGUGACAAAUGGCAGUGUGUCAGUGUGCAUUGCUGUCAUAUGGCUGUUUUCACUUACAUAUAGUUUCGGGGUUGUUCUGUCUAAAGUAAAUGUUAUAGGUCUGGAGAACCUUUUAGUACAAGCUCCGUGUGUCGGGAACUGUGCUUUGAUUUUUAACUUACAGUCAGGAAUUUCUCUUGCACUUGUUGGAUUUUUUGUUCCGGGAGCUGUCAUGACCACUCUGUACCUUAAGAUCUUUCAAGUUGCAAGAAAACAGGCUAAAAUAAUGUCUGAAAGGGCAACUGUGAGACAGACUAAUUCUGAAACAGCAGUCCAUUCAUCAGAACACAGGGAGAGAAAAGCAGCUAAAACUCUUGGAAUUAUCAUGGGCAUUUUUCUACUUUGUUGGCUGCCAUUUUUCUUAGUUACUCUAACUGAUCCACUGCUUGGGUUUCCUACACCAUUAGAUGUUUUUGAUGCUCUGGUCUGGUUUGGGUACCUUAAUUCCACGUUUAACCCCUUGAUCUAUGGCUUUUUUCAUCCACGCUUUCAGAGAGCAUUUAAGAUCAUCAUAUCAAAAGUUCUACACCUCAAUAAUGCAAAUAAUUUAUUACUUUAAUUCUAAUUUUUCUUAUUUCACAGACAGGAAUGAGUUUUACAUAUUUAGUCAGUUACUCAGUAUAUUGGAAGGGGAAAACAUUAUACAAUCCAUGGAUAACUUAGGAACAUUGUUAUUUUAAUCACUAUAACACAUAUAACACCAUAAAAGGACAUAGCUUAGAAAUGCCUAUUCUUCCACAAAUCUUCAUAUUUCGUAAAUGUGAGUGCUGUGUAAUGUUUUAUACAGACAUAUUGCAACAGUGACAGAAAUAAUAACCGUAUACGCUUGAUGAAUUUAGGGAUUAAGCAAAGAACAUAAAUAAAAACAAACUCUGGCCCAAUUGUAGACUUACCUUUACCUUUAAGUGAAGGCAGACAUUGCAUUUGACGUGUAAACUAUUAGACGUGUAAACUAUAAAAUAUAUUUUAAAAGUAAAUGUACAGCACUGUGAAUGCCUGAUUUUCAUUUGUCAGAAAGAGCAUUUCUUGCUUGAAUUUGUAGCCAUGUAUGUAUUUUACAGCUGAAAUGUUCUAUUCCUGUUCUUUUUUCUGGUUCUGUUUGUCAUCCACAUUCAAUGGGUUAUUUUUUUUCUCUUUAUUUCUUUAUUUGUUUAUCUUAUAUUACUUAACUUUAAAUAACAUUAAACACACUGGAUGUCUGAGGACAAGACAAACAGUACAAUACAA